UUACUAGAGGCUUGUUGAAGAAUAUACGAAGAAGAGUGCCAGCCAUUUUCCUUCUACCAGCUUUCAAAAAUAAUGCUUGCAGAAGCGGGGAAGUUAAGGAACAAAUACUAAAAAAGUGCUGUCUCUAAUCUCGGUGAAUCACCUGCCUAUACAAAACUUCAGUCGUCUUCAUCCAUCUUAAGUUUCGUUCUUUUCGUCUUGGGAAGUUGAGAAAUGGAGGCAAUAGGCUACGAGUCAUCGAUUCUCUAGCAUCGAAUUUACUCUAAGAGCUCUAUUAAGGAGUGAUUCUCGUUUUUUUAAUGGCCGUGGAGUACCAAUGUUGCGAAACGCAGUUCUUCAUUCACAUCCUUUUAAUCGUUCUUCUGGUUGCUUUCGCCGGUAUGAUGUCUGGACUCACGCUGGGGCUUAUGUCUCUCAGCCUGGUUGAUCUUGAAGUUAUUGCCAAGUCUGGAACUCUCCAAGAUCGUAAAUAUGCCGCAAAAAUAUUACCAGUAGUAAAAAAUCAACACUUGUUGCUGUGCACACUCCUCAUUUGCAAUGCUGCAGCCAUGGAGACACUUCCAAUAUUCCUUGACAGUCUAGUAACAGCUUGGGGUGCUAUCCUUAUAUCUGUCACAUUGAUUCUCUUGUUCGGUGAGAUCAUACCACAGUCAGUGUGCUCAAGAUAUGGAUUAGCAAUAGGGGCUUUUACAGCACCCAUUGUCCGCAUUCUUGUCUGGAUAUGCUUUCCUAUUGCAUAUCCUAUCAGCAAGCUGUUGGACUUCCUGCUAGGUCACGAGAAUAAAGCACUUUUCCGGCGAGCUGAACUGAAAACUCUGGUUAACUUGCACGGAAAUGAGGCAGGUAAAGGUGGAGAGCUCACACAUGACGAGACGACAAUAAUUGCUGGGGCUCUUGAGCUUCACGAGAAAACAGCAAGAGAUUCCAUGACCCCUAUAUCUGAAACCUUUGCAAUAGAUAUUAAUGCGACCCUGGACCGGGAUAUGAUGAAUUUAAUUUUGGAGAAGGGACAUAGCAGAAUUCCAGUGUACUAUGAGCAGCCGACAAACAUUAUAGGACUUGUUCUGGUAAAAAAUUUGCUGACCAUUCAUACAGAAGAUAGAGUUCCUGUGAAAAAUGUUACUAUUAGAAGGAUUCCACGGGUUCUGGAAACUAUGCCAUUAGAUGACAUCUUGAACGAGUUUCAGAAGGGUCAUAGUCACAUGGCAGUUGUUGUACGUCAGUGCAACAACCAGACAGCACAAACGACUACUGUACCCCCACCCAACGAUGUGAAGGUUGACAUUGAUGGUGAGAAGAUUCCUUCACAAAAGAGCCUGAAGAUGAAACAAGCACUAAAGAAAUGGAAGAGUUUCCCCAACAGUGGGAGUAAUUCAUAUAAGAGCACACGAAGCAAGAAGUGGAUGAAGGACAUGUAUGCAGACAUCCUGCCAAUGGAUGGGAAUCCGUUACCGAAACUCCCCGAAGAAGAAGAGGUAGUCGGAAUAAUCACUAUGGAAGAUGUUAUUGAAGAACUUUUACAGGAGGAGAUCUAUGACGAGACAGAUCACCAGGUGGAUGAAUCUUGACAUUAAAGGAUUAUAUUUUGUAUAAAAUGCAAGAAAUAAUGAGAUAAAUGGUUGAGCAUAUGUGCCUGAGAAUUUUUGUUUCUGCAAGGGAAUUGUUCUUUGUGGUUGGGCAUGAUCAGUUUCAGUUCCCAAACAUGUAUACACUGUAUUUGAAUCAGAAAUAUGGUGUAUUCAAGUUUCUUGAAGGCAUGUUCAUAUCAUCAGCUAUUUGUCUAUAUCAUGUACUGGUGACCCUGGUGUACUCGGACGGUUGAGGUUAUCUUCUUUUUGGGGAAAUUACGUGAGAUACAAGAGAUGGGUUUUUUUUCUAUUAGGGAGUUUUUUAUAGGUUUAAAUAUGGUUUUAGUCCUUGCAAAUAUGAUACACUUUGUUUUAGGUCCCUGCAAGAUAUUUUCUUUGUUUUUCAUCCCUGUAAUAUGCGGAUUAUGCGCUACUUUGAUUUUAGUCCAUCUCUAACUCCGAAACAACUGUACUUAGAACUUUUUUUAUUAUCAGUUCCAUACAUCUAUUGGAAACAUUUAAAUUUAUCAGUUUAUAA